AUGCGCGCCGCGUCCUCCGACCCACCCAAUCUCCCCCCCGGCGUCGGUCGCGUCUCCCGCCCCCUCCGACUCGCCACCGACCGCGUCGUGCGGUGCGAGUACUACGUCGUCGGCACCUCCCACGCCGCCCCCGCGAGCGCGGCCAUCGUCCUCGACCUCAUCGCCCGCGUCGCCCCGCGCGCGGUGGUCCUCGAGCUCGACCGCGCGCGCGUCGACGCCCUCGCGCGCGCGCACGCCGGGCCGUCGACGUCGCGCGCGCGCGGUGCGGACCUCGUCGCCGCGCUCCGCGCCGCCCGAGACGUGGACGCGCGGGUGACGCUGGGGGACGACGGCGUCGACGUCCGAGACGCCGCGCGACGGCUCGCGGGACGCGCGACGUGUGAUCUCGAACGCUGGCGACGCGCCGUGCGGUACUGCGUGAACGCGGUCGAUGGGCGAGACGUCGUGGGAGGGACGAGGGUGGAUGUGGUGGAGGCGUUGCGGGCGUUCGGCGCGGAUGGAUUCGCGGCGGCGGCGGCGAUCGCGCUGGGACUCGCGGCGCGCGGGAGUUUCGACGCGAGCGCGAGUGAACGCGCGGUGGCGUGGGCGAUGACGAUGGUGUGCGUCGUGAUGUUUUGUCCGUUGGUGGAGACGGUGUGGAUGGAGCGAGACGAGGUGAUGGUGAGGCGCGCGACGGCGGCGGCGACGGCGGCGGCGACGGAGGACGGCGCGAUGGAGACGCGGUUUGAAUUUAGCGCCGAUGCGGUGGUGACGGCGACGCGGGCGCGCGUGGGGGUGGAUCCAGGACGGGUGCGGUGUUUCACGCUCGGGCGAGCGCUGGAUGCGGGGGAGGAGCGACGAUUGAAUCUGUUUGAACCGAGAUGGCUCGCGCUCAUGGAUGGGAUCGCCGAGGCGAACGGGGGGUCGCUCGUGGGCGCCGAGCUCGGGUGUUUACACGCGCGGUAUCGGCACUACGUCCCGAGCGAUGUCAUCGAUGCGGUGGGAGAAGAGGGGGAGGCGCGACGGGACGUGGACCUGAAUCGACGAACGGCGGUGGUUCGAGUGGAUCGGACGAUGCGUCGCGCGCGCGUCGUGCGCGUGCGAGAGGGCGCGCGUCCGGUCACAAAAGCGCGGAAGCUCGAGGUUUGGAUCGAGGGAGGUGAGCUUUACGACGUGCGAGACGUCACGGCGCAUCCAGCGGGGUAUUUACUGGCCGAGACGGGGGAAGAUCCCAUCUCUGGCGAGACAAUCGAAGACGCCGACGACGGUCCACCCGUGGAACACGUCGACUGCGUCAUCGUCACCGGUCUCGCGCACGCGAACGGCGUUCUCGCUCGCCUAUCCGAGACAUGA